CCUCCCAGUUCAUCCUGUUUUCACAGAGCCAUGGACCUCACGAUAAAAUGUUAUUGAAGCCACUAACAAAAUGUGAUUUGACUUUCUUGUUAGUCUAAAGGGUUCUACGUUUUCUUCCAAGUGGAUUGCUGUCAGACUUUGAUUGAUUGCCCCGGUGUCUAGAUUUGUACGUCAACAUAAGACAUUCAGAGAAGAAAUGAGGGUACUAUUAAUCAACUUUGCCACCUUCAGUCUGUGGCUUCUACCAACGGUGCAAAAGGAGGAUGCUGUGAAGACCUUGGACUAUCUGAACCUCAGCACAUUUGACUCCCUCUCACAGCCCUCUCCCUAUGACAUAAGAAGGUUAGGGGUAGAUGGAAACAUUGGAGCUGCAAUGAAAGUCAAACACCUUUCCAAAGACUUCCAGAUCGUAUCCACCAAGACUAAGUCCCCAAACUAUAGCUCUGUGGGCCCACAUGGCUGGUCACAGAACCUCUCCCUACCCCUGGAUCAGUCACAGUUACACUCCAAACCCAAGCCCCCCAUGAAAGCACCUAUCAAAGCUAAGAAGACCUUUGGCUGGGGAAACUUCUACCUCAACAUCAAAACCACCAAGUUCAGCCUACUGGUGACAAGUAAGAUAGUGGACCACAUCAACGGCACCUUCAGUGUGUACUUCCAUCACAAUUCGUCCCAUCUGGGGAAUAUCUCAAUGAGCAUUGUUCCUCCCUCCAAACCCGUGGAAUGGGAUGAUGUGGGAAGCCCGGAGCUCCAGUUCCAGAAUCAGCCACAGUCUACCAUCAAUGCGCACCUGCAAGAGAUGAAGGCCCUCAACUGCAGGGUGGAGUACCAGAGGACCAACAGGGCCAAGAAGACCAAACCCUGCCUCUAUGACCCCUCCCAGACCUGCUACUCAGAACACACCCAGUCUCACGCCGCCUGGAUCUGUGCCAAGCCCUUCAAGGUCUUCUGUGUAUUCAUCUCUUUUCUCAGCACCGACUACAAACUGGUGCAGAAGGUCUGUCCAGACUACAACUUCUAGGCAGAUCUCCAGCAAUUUGGUGGACGAGGAUAGUCGAUGAACGAGAAAGGUUGAUAAGGCAUGUUUUUCUACAUCUCCUAUCCCAGUGGAGAAAGGGGCUUGUGCUGAACGGCAAGGAUGGAUGGUCCCACACCAACAUUCAGGCCUCACACAGACAUUCAGAUGGAGAGCUUUGUGUUUAGUAGAAUGGAAGUCAGCAGCAUAUGGACAAUAACCUAAAAAAAAAAAUUCACCACUGAAGGGUAGAAGACAGAAGAUCAAGUAGGAUAAUAGUAAGAUUAUUUUGUAAACUAUUUGUGGUAAAAUAUUGACUUGGGGGGAGUGAUGCCCUAUGUGCAUGCCAAUUCCAGCACAACACUAAUCCCUGCUUUUGUUACUUGUGGUUAUGUUUGGGGAAAUGUUCUGCUUAUUUGUCACACGUUGCCCCUUACAUGAACAUUUUCCCUGUUAGUUUGGGGGUAUCCUAACGCAACCAAGGCAAGGUAUCUGGAUGUUGAUUAUUGAGUUUGGUCAUACUGUAUGAUUCACAUACGGAAUCUACAUUUUAUUAACUUUUACAAGCAGAUAUGAAAUGAUGUAUGAUGGAAAGCAAAAUGUAGAUUUGAAAUGCAUAUUAAAAUGAGUAGGUUUUUUGCUUGAUGUGAUAUUGAGUUCAUACAUCACACACUAAGUUUCCUAAUGAGUUGGGACAACAACAUUAGUAAGGAAAACUAACUGUACUGUACAGAAAUAAAGCAGCUGUUCUGGACAGAAACAAAGAUCUGGAAUUUAAUUUGUGUGAAUUAGUGCUCAAUUCGCAUGCGUCCCGUCAAUAUUUCACUAUCUCAUUAUCGGCGCUUCAAGACAUGCUCUCUCUAUCACUGCCACAAAUAGUGUUGGUGAGUGAGUAUGUCCUGCGUAUACUUACCUGUAUACUUACCUGCUAUUGCAAUGUGUGAAGUGUUUUUUAAACCAGCCGACAAUGUGCAAGUUUAUAGAUACUACUAGGAUAAUACACGUAGCUGUCUUUCACAGUUUUUCAAUAGGCAUAUUGCACCUAUACGUUUGUCAUAUCUUUUGGCAGAUGCAUGGUUAUGACUUUUCUUGAUUUGUAAAUGAUUUGUUAAAAAUAGGUCAGUAUGUUGCCUUGAGUGAUUAAUCUGAGGUUUAAACCCUAAAUGAUUCAUCUCAGAUUUGGCUGUUGGACUAUAGAAAUGGUCAUUAUGGUGUGUAUCACCAUUACUAUAUUGACUGCUAUUUAGACAGGUUUAUUCUACCAUUUUAAACCAAACAUUAUUUAGCAAAAUGCUAAUUGAACAUCCCUCUGGCCAAAGUAAGAGAUGUUGCAUAAUAUCAUGCAGCAAGGGUUUGGCCAGUAAAUAAACAAACCUUGAUUACUUUGUAUCUCUCCCACAUGUGCGCAGUAAUCUAUUGUUUACUUAGCAGUGGGGUGAGAGGGGCAGCCUCCCCUGCAGGUGUCCAAGUGUGCUUUAGCCAGUGUGGAGCUAUGGACAGGGCAGGACAGCCUAGCCAGAGAUGUGGACCCUAACCCUGCCACUGAGGCUAGAGUUUAAACUACAAAAUCAUCCAAAGAUACAAAGAGAUGGAGAUAGAGAGAAACAGAAACAUACCCAGAGAAAGGAAGGUAGGAGAAAAUGUGACUGACAGAAUUAAUGACUGAUUGGUUGGGUG